UUAGAUUCGUCGGUUUCUAUUCUUGUCGCUGAAGCUUGGGGUCAAAGAGAAGGCAUUAGAGGGGCUAUUUCUUUGCGCAUUAGAAAUCUUAUUAUUGAGGGUGACAAUUUGGCUGUUAUUCAAUCUAUUAAAAACAUUUGAAAAAUUCCUUGGACUAUUAACUCUGUUAUAUUAGAUGCAGGUGAAAAUAUGAAGCAGUUUGAGGAUGUUCAGAUUCAUCAUGUGUUCCGGGAAGCUAAUUCUGCUGCGGAUUGGAUGACUCGUCGAGAGCUCACACGACAACUAAUCUUUUUUUUUUUUUUUUUGAGGGGGCUCUAUCAAUCGACAACUAAUCUUACUUAUUGGUAUGAUAUUCCUGAUUUCUCUUUCAUUAUUAUCAUCGCGAUGCUUUAGUAUGACCCAAAUCGUAGAAUCCAUCCUAGUUAUUUCUUUCCUUCCUAAAAAAAAAAAUAUAUAUGUCAUUGCACUAUUUGUAUAUAUCAGAUAUAAACAAGUUGUUUUUGUCUCUUUUGUCCCCAAGAUCCUUCUUUUUUUGGGUGUGGACGACAAAAUUUAGAAACUUACCUCAAGUCUCUCUUUUCUCCUCUUUUCCCACAAUGUAAUCUGAUUGCAACCGUCAUUCACAUCAUCCCCACCCAUUUUACCUUUUUUCUCCUUUCUCUCUCUUUCAUCCCUCUUCCUACAAUAACAGCAAAGAUUACCAUAAAUUGAAGUAUAUUAUACAAUGAAAAAUAAUUUCAUGCAUUCAGAAUCAAAAUGUAGGCAAAAGUAAUUCAUGGGUAUUUCUGGGUUUUUCUUGAAACCGAUUUAUUCAUUGAUUUUUUUGGUUUGAUGGGAAGUUUUUCUUUUUAAUUUUUGGCUUGAAAAGAUGGGUGAUGAGGUUUUUUGGAGAUUGUGAGAAGUAAGAAAAAAAUGUCUGAAUUGGUAGCACGCACUGGUCGUCAUCAGCAACGUUAUGAAGAUGGUUGUCGCCUUGUUGCUGGGUGUAUCCCUUUUAGAUAUAGAAGUUUUGAUGAAAGUGAUAGAACAGAAUCUGAGAAGGUUGUGGAAGUGCUUAUGAUCAACUCAACUAGUGGACCAGGUCUUCUGUUCCCUAAGGGUGGCUGGGAAAAUGAUGAAACUGUCGAGGAGGCGGCAAGGCGUGAAGCAAUGGAAGAGGCUGGUGUCAAGGGCGACCUAUUGGAUUGCUUGGGUUACUACAGCUUUAAGAGCAAAACCCUUCAAGAUGAUUUUAGUCCAGAAGGUUUAUGCAAGGCUGCUAUGUUUGCAUUGCUUGUCAAGGAGGAGCUAGAGUAUUGGCCCGAACAAAGUACUCGGCAGAGGAUUUGGUUAAACAUAACUGAAGCGUUAGAUUGCUGCCGGCACCCAUGGAUGCGGCAAGCCCUUGAAGAAGGUUUCAUGAAGUGGCAUGCUAGUAGUGCGACAACGCCGACAGGCACCGAAUAGUUUUAGUUGAAGAGAUGGAAUUAUGUAGCCAAGCUCAACAUUUUUCCUACCUUUUUCUUUUGACUUGUUUAAAAUUACAGGGAAAGGGCAUUCAAGUUUUCCCAACUGUUUUUAGCACUUUUUCUUCUUGUUUUCAUAAGAAACUGUACAUUAUGAAAAAAGGACUAUGAAGAUUAGAGACAUAACUAAUUGUUACCCUCUUUGAAAUCUAAAUACUUUCUUGUU